GUUGAAAGACUCGCGAAGGUGUGGGGACGACGUGCAUUUUAGCCACCAUGGCGGUGAAUCCGCGUGAUAUGGACGGUUUUAUGCCGCUCCUGUCAACGACGGACAUCAAGAAAAAAUUGAAUGUUGGUACUUUACUGUUGAAUUAUUUGGGUGACUCCAGCAAGAGUAUCGAGUGUCAAGACAUCGGACAGUUUAUCGACAACAUCAUACCAUGGCUGACCAAUGGCAAUCCCAAGGUCGUCCAGAACGGUUUAGAAAUCCUCGCGUUCCUCGCGGAUCGAAUGGGUCACGACUUCAAGCCUUAUAUUUCCACAAUUAUUCAGCCGACAAUAGAUAGACUGGGUGACAGCAAAGAUGCGACGCGAGAGAAAGCUCAGCUACUGUUGCUGAAAAUCAUGGAAAAAGGAUGUAUGUCUCCUCAACAGCUACUGGACAGAUUACGACCGGCUUUUAAUCACAAGAAUGCCAAGUUACGCGAAGAAGCCUUAAUCCUGUUGACUACGACGUUGAACGAACACGGCGCCGACGAAAUGAUACUCUCUGGUGUGAUUCCAAGUAUCGUGAAGCUGUUGUCCGAUCCGUCGGAAAAAGUACGAGAGACCGCUCUGAACACGUUGGCAGACAUGUAUAGACACGUUGGCGAAAGAUUACGCGUCGAUUUGCAGAGAAAGCACAACGUACCGCAAGCAAAAUUACUGCUGUUGAUAGAGAAAUUCGAUCAGCUGAAAGCUUCCGGCGACCUGCUGCCUCUAGCAAUGUCUUCGGACGUUGGGAAAAGCACUGAUGAACCAGACAGAGCAAUUAAAUCAGCUCCUGUGAAAAGGUCAGCUAUUCCUCCAAAAAGAGGACAAUUUGGUCCUGCAAAAACUCCAUCUUCUGCAUUAGCUCAGCCUGGUAAUACACCUUCCACGGUUCCAAGGGCAACAACCGUCAAAAGAAACGUGUCAGUAAAAUCGACAUCAGGUCAAGCCGGUGCCGUCGACGAGGAAACCUUUCUUACAGCGUUCGAGGAUGUGCCAUCUAUAAAUUUGUUUUCCCCGAAAGAUCUUGAGGAACAGAUGAAAUUGAUCAGAGACAAUGUUGGUGACGAUAAGAAAGACUGGAAGCAAAGGACAGAAAAUAUGAAAAAAUUAAGAUCAAUCAUUAUCGCUGGUGGUACAAAUUACGAGAAUUUUUUAGAAAACUUGAAAAGCGUGCAAAGAUCUUUUGAAGUAGCUUGCUCUGAUCUUAGGUCACAGGUGGUAAGAGAAGCGUGUAUUACCUUAGCAUUUCUUAGUCAACAGUUAAAAAAUAAAUUCGCUAGUUUUGGAGAUGCAGUCUUACUCACGUUAAUGAACCUCAUACAAAAUAGUGCCAAGGUUGUGGCAACAGCUGGUGCCGUAGCAGUGAGGUUUAUUCUACAAAACACACAUUGCAGUCGUUUCGUGCCAAUUAUCACGUCGUGUUUAAGUAACAAGAGUAAAGAUAUACGUCGAGCAUCUUGCGAAUAUCUAAACCUAAUUUUACAAACAUGGCCUACUCAGAUAUUGCAAAAGCACGUAACAAUCUUACAAGACACAAUAAAAAAGGGUAUUGCAGACUCCGAUUCAGAAGCAAGGGUUUUCGCUAGGAAGUCGUACUGGGCAUUCAAAGAUCAUUUUCCGGAACAAGCAGAAGCAUUGCUCAACAGUCUUGAUACCGCAUACAAACGCUCAUUGAUGUCUCUUAGCAAUAGCGGUAGCAUUAACAGUUUAAACGUAGUUACAAGAUCAGCGAGCGUUAGUCCCAGAACAUCUAGACCAGCAAUGAGCGCAACAGAUCGUGGAACACCAGGUGUUAGGUCUACCAGUGCGAUAGAUUUGCAAGCUGCACAAAGAGCUAAAGCGAGAAUGAUGUACGCGAACAUGAGCAGACAGAAAGCAUCUCUCCCACGCCCUAGUAAAUCACCAGACGCAACAGCUGUUGCUAGUCCAGAAAGAAGCGCGAGAACAAGAACGAGAGUAUCUGGAGUGUCGCAAUCUCAACCUAGCAGUAGAUCAGGAUCACCAUCGUCAAGGCUAAGUUAUGCAACGUAUAAUCGCGAAGGAGAAUCUUUAAUUGCAAGACCUAGACGAUUAUCUGGACACGGGAUCAGAAGUACCGGGAACAGUCGUGAGCCUAGCCCACAAAGGUUUGGAAUGGAUAGGAGUUUUGCAAGCAAAAUACGGGGAAGAAGUUUACACAUGUCACCAACGGACAGACCUCAAUCCAGACCGGUGAUGGCGCAGAAAAUGUUGCAACAGUCGCGUGAAGCAGAAUCAGCGUUGGCAGAUGCGCUCACGUUCGACAGUAUUGAUAAUUACACGAGAACACCAAGAGGAAAGGGUGACCAUAGCGAUGACAGCGAAACCAGCAGCAUAUGUUCGGAGAGAAGUAUGGACAGUUUCAGACGACCAAACGAUUCGUUCUCAUGGAGUGGCUCUCAACAAAGACUGUAUCGUGAUAUGUGGGAUCAAUCAAUCCCGAAGGACAUUAAGGAAAUUAUAGAAAAUUGUGCGCAUAAGCAUUGGGGAGAUAGGAAGGAAGGUUUAGUAGGAUUGCAACAUUUUCUUUCAAACGGGAAUACGCUUACAGCUACGGAAUUGCGCAAAGUGACGGACAUUUUUACGAAAAUGUUUAUGGAUUCUCACACAAAAGUCUUCAGCUUAUUUUUGGACACAUUAAAUGAAUUAGUAGCUACUCAUAAUGAAGAUCUCGGUGACUGGCUUUAUGUUUUGUGUGCAAGACUUUUGAAUAAAUUAGGCACUGACUUGCUCGGAUCGAUACAAGCAAAAAUUCACAAAACGCUUGAUGUUGUUAGAGAAUGUUUUCCAGGAGAGCAACUUCUACCUGCUGUAAUGAGGUAUUUGACGGAUCCAACACAAACGCCAAAUUCUCGCGUGAAAAUAACCACACUUAUAUUUAUCACACAAAUCGCAGAAACGGCAGAACCGUCUGCGCUUGUUAAUUCCGCAGGAACAGCGUUGGCGAGGUUACUCGAUUGGUCGAACGAUGUGAAAAGUCAAGAUGUUCGAAGGCAUGCACAAAAUGCUGUCAUAUCUUUGUACAACUUAAAUCCUCCGAAAGUGACUAUGAUAUUAGCUGAAUUACCGAAAUAUUAUCAAGAGGCGGCACUGCCAUUAGUUCAGAACCAUUUAAGAAAAUCAUCAGGUUCAAGUAAUCCUGCGUCCCCUGGAACUCCGCCUCCUAGGGCGCAGAGCUCACCAGCUCGUUCGAAAGGUAAAGGUGAUAUGGAUACGGCGGAUGAAAACUUGGAAGAAGUUUACAAAUCUUUAAGACGCACGACAGCAGAAAUACAAAAUUAUGGUUUCGAACGUUUAGAAAGAGCCACUACCAGUAAAGAUAGUGGAAUCAGUAAUAUGGCUGAUGUAGAGGAGAAAAUGGAGGGGCUUACAUUGUGCAAUUCGGGACGAUCGUCUUCUGUUUCUUCGCCUACGCAAAGAGGCCGAUCUGUUACUAAUAUUACAGUAAAUGGUUCAAGCGAUACGAUGGCGGGAGAUCUCAUCCUACCUCAAGAAAACAAUGGUUACAAAACGCAUGGAUCAUCACCAGAUUCGAUCAAGAGGCCAGAGAUUCUAGAUAAUAUGAUUAAAACGUUGCAGUCCAAAAUGACGCAGACAGAAGAAAAAGUAUCAGCUCUACAAGAAUUUCAGUUAUACGUUCGAGAAGGAGAUGCCUUGUAUAUUAAACAGAAUUUUAAAAAACUGCUCAAAACAUUGUUAGAUAGUUUGACUAAUGAUAGCAAGAAAAUGCAAGUAGAAGUUCUUCAAACACUAAUUGAUAUGCUUAAGUGCCCGGAACUUGUAGACAGUUUUUCCGUUUAUCCUGAAUUGCUGGUACUAAAAGUUAUUAACGCGUACAAGUUAGACGAUCAGAAACCAGAUGCUUCCAGCAGCAGCAAUUCGAGAUCCCCGGUUCUUUGGAUGGCCGAGAAAUGCGCUGCAACAAUAGCGAUGAUUUUAAAACCAGAACAAGUAAUUCACUUGGUAUCGACUAUAAUAACUACCGAACCCUAUCCCUUAAAUAUGGGCGCGAUAAAAAUGCUUCAUAAAGUUGUGGAGCAUUGGGGUCGCGAUGCAAUAGAACCACAUUUAUCGAAAGUUAUGCCCGGUCUCAUCAAAGCAUACGACGAUAACGAAAGCGCGGUGCGCAAAAGUGCUGUGUUUUGUAUGGUAGCAAUACAUUUGGCAGUUGGUGAAGAGGUGUUGAAGCCUCAUCUCAGCUGUUUAUAUACCAGCAAACUGAAGCUAUUGAACAUUUACAUACAACGCGCGCAACAGGCAAACAGUCAGCCAGCAAGUCCACGUAGCAAUAGCAAAAAUUAACUAACAUCAAAUUCCGCGACUCUUAGGAUCGCGAUACUUAAGAGAUUUGCUCGCCUGAGUGCAAGGCAUGAAAGAAUGCUGGUUAGCUUCCUCAGUAAGUCCAAUCCGUGACGACUACCAUCGAGCAGUAAACGAUACAAACCGAAGUUUUUUCAAUAUGAUAGACUGAUCUGUACGAUUUCACGGCAAGGUGUGUGCGACAUACCUGAACUCCUGACAGUGAUGUUGCACAAAGAAAAAAACAGGUAGUAUGCAAGUUAUUUAUGCAUAUUGUUUUGUUUGCCAAAAAAAUUUAUACCUGUUGCAACAUAAGAGUUCCAGAGUUUUUUAG